GAGGACCAAUAAUUAUCUACCGCCGCCGUGGCAGCUUAUAAAAUACCUCGCGGAGGUUGUCUCACCGUCACUGUGUGAUCUGCGUACCGACUUCUUUCUGUUCAUCCGUCUUCCCGUUGUCUCGUUUGCCUUGCGUUUACAAUAGCCAAAAGCACAAUGAGGUCCAAAGUAGUAUUGAUCAUGUCGAUUAUUACAAUAAUUAUCGCUAUUCCAGGGAAGCUGGCCAUUUCGCGACCCGACGAAAGUGAAGUUUUACACGUCCCUAUAGGUUACCUAGGCAGAUGCCCGCCACACAAUUUAACCUCGGAAUAUUUUCAAAUGACCGUGUUGCGUUCGAUUACGACGUUGGUUGGUGGUUGUGCCUACAUUCAACACAAUCCUAAAGAAUUCAAGAGACAAUCAUUCAGCUUAUGGAUUGGAAAUUUUAAAAACGCCGUGCAACAAUGUCGUGAAAAGAACUAUACAAAUAUGGAACAUUACCAUUUUAACUGUUGGAUAAGACCACCCUCGUCGUCAUUAGAAUAUCUAGAUGACUCCAACAAAAAAUUUACGUCCGUAAGUUUAUAUCCGACCAUUAACAGUUACCAAAAGAAUGCGUGCAAAGUACAAAGUACUAAGUCUAAAUGUGCUAUGUACAACGUGAUCAAAGGCAACUCCACGGUGUUUCGGAUGGCGAUUAGCCAAAACUCUUCGUGCGCCGGCUUGUUAGACUUGCUGACCCUUCCAAAGCCGGUAAAUCCCAAUGAUAAAGACGGGUACAUGUUGCUACGGUUAAUUAAACAGCAGUAUCCGAUGACGUCAUAUUUUAAAUAG